AUGACUAACUCAUUUAGAGACAAACUAGGCGAAGGAGGGUACGGAGGUGUUUACAAAGGUAAACUACUUGAUGGGCGUAAUGUUGCAGUGAAGGUCUUAAAAGAAGCCAAAGGUAAUGGUGAAGAAUUUAUCAAUGAGGUGGCUAGUAUUAGUAGGACUUCUCAUGUAAACAUAGUUGCUCUUUUAGGCUUUUGUUUUGAGGGCAGUAAAAGAGCUCUUGUUUAUGAGUUUAUGCCUAAUGGUUCUCUGGAGAAGUUCAUAUAUGAAAAAAGUAUGGAAACGAAUCAAAAGCUGACAUGGGAAAACUUGUACCAAAUUGCAGUGGGCAUAGCUCAAGGAUUAGAGUACUUACGUCGUGGUUGUAGCACAAGAAUUUUGCACUUUGACAUAAAACCCCAUAAUAUUCUCCUAGAUGAAGAAUUUUGUCCAAAGAUCUCUGAUUUUGGUCUUGCAAAAAUUUGCUUGAAGAAAGAGAGUAUCAUAUCAUUGACAGGUACACGAGGAACUAUUGGUUAUAUUGUUCCAGAAGUAGUUAGUAGAAACUUUGGAGAAGUCUCUCACAAGUCGGAUGUUUAUAGCUACAGUAAUGCUAGGUACGAUGGAAAAAUAGACUUCAAUUCUUGGAAGAAGAAGAUGAAGGCCCUACUUUCACAUAAUAAAGUAGGGAUUGCACUCGAAAAGGAUGAAGAAAAGUGGCCAGCGGAUAAGUUAAAGAGAAAGGCAGAAAUAGACGAGGAGUCAUACAAUUUGAUCGUGAUGAACUUAGCAAACAACGUGCUGAGAAAAGUGGACGGAUUGGAGGCUCCAAUCGCACUCUGGGGUAAACUCGAAACUCUGUAUGCCUUACAAACUGCACAAAUCUUGCUUUCUUAA